AAAAACGCAGGUUUAUUUCCUCUAGGAAAACAAGAGCCACCACGUGAGAAGAAGUUGGUGUACGUUCAGCUUCAAGAAAUCUUCACACGUGACUGUACAAGUAACCAUAAAGCAGAAAAAUGAACAACAAGCCGUAGAGUAAAUAAAAACUCAAAUAUUCCUCCGCUGGCGCUGCACUCAUACAAGCGUUGUCUUGCGCUCCUGCUGUCUUCAGUCAAUGCUGCUGUUAUUACUAAUGUAACAGAAAAGGCAGUACACUGAGUCCCGUUUGAAUGCUCUCGCAUGACGCGCAAUGCGAAGAAGUAGCUUGUUUUCGCAAUGCGAUUCAAUACAUCAAGAUGUAUUCAACGAACUAUUUUGGACUAUCUUAUUACAAUGCAGCCCCAGGGGAGGCACUUACGCGGAGUUGAAUGUUAUUCUUUUUUUUUUUGGAGUGCUACGACCCCAUAUGACGUCACGUCCACCUGCUUUGUAAACAGAAAACUAUUUGGAAGUUACAUGUUUGUUUCUUUUUGGAAGUCAAAGAUAAGCAAACAGUCCCAUUUCCAGUUACAUCUUGUUUCCAGAUGAAGCCAGCUCCGAUAUCUACUGUAGAGUUGAUCUAUAAAGUCGGCCACGGGAGAAAGACGUAUUUAAAUAUCCAAAUAAGGUGUAUUAUAUUAUAUAAUAAACAUGCAUUGUUAUUUGUAGACUAACCUACUGAUCUUAAACAGAUAUGAGUCAAUGUGAGCAUCAAUGCGGAUAUUUAUUUGGAAGGGUUGUGCACACAAUGGAAAUAAAUUAUCUAGACAUCAAACAGCAAUUACUAAAACGUUCAGUGCACAUUUACUAACUAAUCAGUCCCAAAUAAGGGUGCAUAUUGGUAAUAUCAGCGCAAAGAAAAUGCAUUAGCACAAAUAUAUAGCCUAACGGUUUGUUAUAAUAUUUUUGGUAAUUCUACUCUUUUGAAAUAAGUUAUAUAGGCCCUCUGUUUACUAUAUUUUCAUGUGAAGAAUACAUAUUUUAAAAUAGGCUAUGAUUCAGGAUGAGAUGAGAUUUUUUUUUAUAUUUUAUCAUCAGAAUAAGCUAUAAAUAUAGCUAUUGUUGACAUGUACAUGGUGAUGAUAAGACGUUCGAUCUAUUGAUGCGGGAUCAAUAUACUUAAUAGUCAUCCUUGUGCCAUUGCAGUUUGAUCAGUCGUGUUUGUAAAACAUUUAAAAUUGGACCAGCGCUAGACAUCAAUCUAUUAAGAAAUAUCUCCAUGUUUUACACCUUUAGAAAUGUUAAAUGUAUUUGCUAUAACGCGCUGUCUGCUCCUCACUGCAGUGAACCUGCAACUUUGACCGGUGUGGACCGCAGAGAUUGACGUUCAAGGUCUGACCUGUUGUAUGUCGUCUUUAUUUACUCUCCCUGUAGAUAAAAUACUGGGUGAAAGUUGUUUGCUUUACAUAUACAGGAAAAACACAUUUUCAUAUAUAUAUAUAUUAAAUGACAAAGUCGGCUUAAUGAAACAGAAAGAAUUGUGGGUUGAUUAAAAGCUUGAUUAAAAUCACUUGCAUCCGAUUUUAUGUGUAAAAAGAAGGUACAUCAAUUUCAAUGUGACGUUCAAACCUCUGCUUUGUUUAAAUGUUAGGGAUGUGCUUAUAGUAUUUAAUUGUUCCGUUUUGUUAUGCACAACAAAUGCACAAUACUCUUACGUCAAAAACAAAUAUUACAUAUCAUUGUCAAACUUGUAAACAAUUGCAAACUUGCAAUUUACACCAGAUAAACUGUAUGUGUAUGUGUAAGCAAUAUAUAAAAGGGAAUAUUGUGCAUACAACAUUAAAUACAUUCAUAUAUAUUUUAUAAACGGUAUCAACGAUUAAGAUUCAAAUCUUAUUUAUUUUUUUAAAUACAAUAUGUUUUUCGUAAAAGAUCCAAUUCCAUAACAUUUUGGAAGAUUCUAAGUGAGAUUGAGCAUUCCAUGUAAUUUCUAUAAAUAGGAGGAAAGAUCAUUUUGGAUGUCAUGAAGUAUAAAAAAAAAACGAAAUCGCUGAUGUGUGGAAAAUGGGGCUUUGCUGCCACCUACUGGUGAUUUAGUGUCUUUCAUUUACACAGGUCAUCGGUAUGUACUGCAUGUCUUAUAAUAGGCUAACAAAUGUGUAUUGUAUACCUAGCUAUUAUUGACUUUACCUAACCUAAUGCAUUUGAUGAUGUUGAAAUGCAUAUAAGCGAUAAAAAGUAAUAUAUGUUGAGGUCAGACAUGGUGUGCUGAAUAGAUGACCUAAUGCCGUAUCAAAGUACUUGGGCAUGGAAGAAAUCCGCUUUUGUCAUACACUGCCAUCUACUGAUCUGAUUAUUCAGUACAGUAAAUAUCAUAUUCAUGUCAGUUUCAUUUUAUGUAGAAAUACCAAUGCACUAUCUUGUUGUAAUAUUGAAAAUUCAAUUCUAAAAUAAUCCAUCUAGAUUCAUUAACAACCUUGCACAAAGAAUCAAUUGAGAGUGAAACCGGUCUACACACCUGGGCUGUAUUGUAUAACUAGGCCCACAGCCUGUUGAAAGGGGUGUGUUAGAUUUACAGGUAUACUUGCAUCUCCUAUCUGACCAGAUUCAAGGAAUUAAAAUGUCAUUUUACAAGGUAGAUGUUACUCUUCCAUCAAAAUCAGAGAGGUGAUUGUUUGAGAGCCAGGGAGAGCUUGGCUACUGUACAAUAAUUUACUCUGAAGUUGCUUCAUUUUCUAAGUCCUAUCUCCUUGUCCUCAAUAACCUGAGGCUUGGGGAAUUAUAGUGAUAGAAUGGCAAGAGGGUACAGGAGAGAUGAGGAAUCCACAGGAUUGAGACUUGGCCCUGGCUCCACUUUUGAUCCAUGUCUGGAGGACUUUAUCGGCACCUGCAAGUGACAGAUGCAAACUGCAUGCAACACUUGCGGUCUGGGCAACCAUAAACACCAUACACUACUGGUAAGUGAAAGCAAAUGGUCUCAUUCUGUCAUUUAAUAGAUGUGCACAGAUGAGUUCAAUAUACAGUUUUGUCUUUGUCUUAAAUGUGUCAUAUUUUUUUCGUUAUUACUGGUAUAUUUAUUUUAUGCAACAGAUAUGAGAGACGUUAUGUUGGGAUGGAUGACUGCAGGGGCCAGACUAGCAUAUUGUAUGAGACCUAUUAAUAGGCCUGGCUUACACCACAAUAUUCAGCUGUAACUGGACCCCGUAUGUCAACUCACGUCCUCUCGAGUGUCGGCACAGCCAGGGGCACUCUGGUUCUGUCCUCCCUUCCCAAUGUAGACAGACAGCCAGCCCACUGAUGUCUGCAGACGAUCCAAGGCCUCUCGGGCUCUCAAACUUCAUGGAGGCUCCAGACACAAGAACAUGGGGAAGUAGGGAUAUUAAAGAGGGUGGAGUGAGGGAGGAAGAGGAGCGAGGAAGCCUCUACACACAGAAAGGCGCCACGGAUGAGUCGGACGAGUCAGAUGAUUCAGAGCCCGAGCCCCUGGCCGUCAUCCGUAGGAAGGUGUCCUUUGCUGACGCCUUCGGUCUGGAUCUGGUGUACGUCAAGGAGUUUGACAGUACAGACCUGACGGGGGCAGAGGUCGCUGACCCCCCGGAGUCCAAGGUCAAAGUUAAAGAACCGGACGAGUAUUUCCUGUCAUCUUUGUUUACCGUGCCCUCGUCUCCGGAGGAACUCGAACAGAGACUCCAGGAUCAGAAGCUAGAGCUGGAGAGCAUUGAGUUACUUCCUGGCACCACUGCGCUCAGGGGUAUUGUCAGGGUGGUGAACCUGUGCUACAAUAAAUCCCUUUAUAUCCGGAUGACUCUGGAUAGCUGGAAGACCAACUUUGACCUGCUGGCUGAGUACGUCCCGGGCUCCAGCGAUGGAACAACGGACAGGUUUGCGUUCAGGCUUACCCUCGUGCCGCCCUUUGAGAUGGAGGGAACCAGAGUGGAGUUCUGCCUCAGAUACGAGACAUCAGUGGGCACUUUUUGGGCAAACAACAGUGACAUGAACUAUGUGCUGUUCUGCCACAAAAAGGGAGGCAGAGAUCUGAUAGCAAUGGAGCCUCAGCUAGAGGAAGUAAAUAACUGGAGAGAGAAGAGAACCUGUCUGAAAGUCAACAGUAAGAUGAACAGUGCCGAGGAGAACGCCGUGGAGACCGCUGCAGACGCUCCAGAUUCAACCACACAUAGAGCAGAGCGGACUGGCGGGGAAAAAGUGGAAAAGGCAGAACAUCUGCUCUCUAUUUUGCAUCAUGAGGAUUACCAUCACAAACAUUUGGGGGAUAGUCAGAGGAGCAGACGAAGGAAGGCCUGUUCAGCACAAGUGCAGGAAUACUUUUCUCGGCGAGAGCAGGCGGCAAGACAGGAACACAUUUCCAAUGGGCUACCACAUAAUGAACUGGAGAAACCACCUUCACUGCCUGACACCAGCAUCAAACCCUUAGGGGAGAGUGCCUCCAGUCUCCUACGAUUACGCCAGAAGAAACCAACCAAUGAUACCCCUCAAAUAAUGACAUACCACCAGAUACCCCUACUAUCCCUGGACUGGGGCAAAGAUAAAGUGCGUGCGGGUACUUCAGAUGAGGAUGACAUCUGGAUUAGAACGAGGACCACACCUCAGCUCACAUCAGACAAGUCCGAGGACAAUCUGGGAGAACAAACCUCUGUUUGUGAUCUGUGGGAAGCCUUUCUCAAUGGCACAGACUCCAAAGAUACUACCAGUGUGCCAGAAUCUGAAUGGCUACAGUCGGCAACUUCAGUUUGCCCGUCAAUCGAAACUGAGGAUUUUGAGUCUUCCUCAAAAGUCGACAACCAACAGGAGGGUGACUUGGACUCAAAUACACAAAGAUACACACACUGCACAGUAAAUGAAUUGCCGUCGUGGGCUCACAAUCAUGUGAUGCCUCUGGUCAGUGCCGAGGAGCCACUGUCAAGCUCGGGUGUCACCUUCUCCAGAAACGACAAAGCGUCGGUUUAUAAUCCUUCCCAAAGGUCAGAGGCUAUCCCUGUAACAGACACUCUACAGGAAUCCAUUCCCUCGGGUGCCGCAAGGGUGGCCGGGGGGUCUGUUGACAGCACGGCUCAGUGCUACAAGCAUGUGGAGGUGGGGAGAAGAAGAGAAGAGGAGCCUUUCACACCAUACAGAGCAGAGCCGGUAACGAGCUCGGGGGAGACCGAGACAACAGAUAUGACAGCAAUGGCAGAAUCUCAGAAUGCCAAUGCAGUAGAUAGAAUCUGUCAGGGAGAAAGUCAAGACAAGAAGCUUUCUUCCGACGUGGUAGCAGAGGUUAAAGGCAACGUGCACAAAGCAGCUGAUGACACUGUGACAUUUAGGGAGAGAGUCGCAGAGAGGACCCAGGAUAAAACAAACACACAGAGCUACGGAGUGGAGGAGGGAUUCACACAGGCCUACAAAGAGGAUCAACCAGAGGAAGAAGAAUUCACACAAGACCUCACAGAAGAAGCGUUGCAUAGACAGAGUCCAGCAGUGGAAGAUGAAUUCCAAAUUAACCGAAGAGACAAAAUGUAUUUAGAACUGAACCUAACAGAGUUGGAAGAAUUCAGGCCGAGUCAAACAUAUGAAGAAGAAUUCAGGCUCAAUCAAACAGAAAAAGAAGAAUUCAGACUGAAACAAACACAUGAAGAGGAACUCAGACCAAACAAAUCAGACGAAGUUGAAAUCAGACCAUUUAAUACAGUGGAAGAUGAAUUAAAACCGAAUCAAUCAGAGGCAGAGAAAUUCCGAUCAAAUCAAAGAGAUGAAGAAGAAUCUAGACCGAACCAAACAUUCAAUGGUGAAUUCAGCUGGAACCAAACUGAGGUAGAGGAAUUAAGACCAAACAAAAUUGAGAGGGAAGAGGAAUUCUCACCAAGCCAUCAAGAUGAAGAAGAUGACAGACCGAGCCAUACAGACAAAGAAUUGAGCCUGAAUCAUGAAGAUGAAGAGCUAGACAGAGCGAACCGGACAUUUGCCGAAAAAUUUAGACCGAACCAAACACCCAAUGAAGUAUCCAGAUCAAACGAAUUAGAGGAAUUCAGACAGUUUGAUGAAGAACAGAGAGACAGAGAGAACCUAGAAGAGGUUGAGGAAUUCAGAUCCAACCAAACACACGAAGAGGGAUUCUGGUGCAAUAAAAUACAAGAAGAAGAUAUCUAUCAGAGCGUAAAUGAAGAAGAACUAUACAGAGACACUGAUAUGGAUGAAGAAUCAUCAACACACAACUUAACAGAGCCCGAAGUAUUCAGGGGAAAGGACACGGGAGAAGUGGAAAAGACAGAAAAUGUCAUGGCCAAAAUGUCCAGACAGAGAGACACAGAACAGAUAAAUGAAGAAAUAAGUAUCGAAACUCCAGAAAAGGAGGAAGUUGAGGACUUAACGGACGAGACGGCGAACACCCGAAAUGAGAGUGAGGACGUGUCAACCGAAAAGGAAGAGAAGCAUGAGGUGACAAUGGAAAACGUUGAAUGCCCAAGACAAGAUAAAAAUGGAAAGUUGUCAGAAGGGUCAAAAGAACUUAUUAGGAAGGAUGAUAAAGAAUCAUUGGAAAAAGAGGUAGAGUUAGUUGAAGAUGAGUUUUUCAGAGAACAGAAAGGUUUGAAUGAGGAAAUGUUAGAAGAGGCGUUAUAUUUGCAGCCGGUUGAUAAUAGUCCUUUAGCCGAACAAGACAACGAGAAGGAGGAGAAACUGUCAGAUGUACCUGAAGUCGUUCAAAAUGUACCGAACCACCAGACAAAACGUCUUACUAAGAAAGUGGUGACUGACAUAGACUCCUGGGUAGAUUCUCUCAUGAAGGCAUGUACACUUCCCGAUUUGACCUUUACACCGAGACGAGGCCUUAGCCAAACUACACCCAGUAGCAAUGCAGAGCCCUCUAUGGGCCAAGCCUAUGCGUCAUCUCCCAACAGAGGUACAACUGUCCUCUCUCAUUCAUUUUCUCUCAGCACAAGAUUUAACACAGUUGUCAGUGAAGGGAGUGAGUCAGCGGUCAGUCAGGGGUCAACCCAAAACCCAACGUCAUUAGGGGAGGAUCAGGAGACCCUCAGCAGCCGUACGAGCCCUCCACCCCCUGAGAAAGUGGAGGAUGCUGCCAGCAGCAUCCUGGCACGGUCGAGGAUGUUCAUCUCUCUCAGUAGCGUAACCAGAGCACUGGUCUAUGCCCUUUUGGUAGCAGUGUUUCUCUUCACCACUCUUAUGUAUAAUUUCCCAGCGUGCUUUGCCCUCUACUUGUUCUCACUGUAUUGGUGGUGCUGUGUGGCAGAUAGGCCACACAGCACAACACGGGGACUGACAGAAUAGAUGGAGAGAGGUGAAGUGUUUGUGUGUCAAGAAUUAUAAUAUUGUGCGUGUGCUGCACGUGUGUGUAUGAUUUGGGUAACACUUUACAUGAAGUUGCUCUUAUACCUGUAAUUACUACUGUAGCAACAUUGUUGUUAUUGUACAUGGUACUUCAGUAUAAGCUGUUGCAAUUGUAAUGCAUUUGUUAAUACAAUGUUGUUACUAGUGUAAUGACAGUGUUACUACAGAGGUAUGAGAGCAACUGAAUAUAAAGAGUUACCAUGAUUUGUUGCAGUUUGUUGCAGUGUUUUAUGGGCCCAAUAUCAAAAGUGAAAAUGUACCAAAAUAUUAAAGGAGAAUGAAAUCCAUUAUUCCAAUGUAGGACAAAAGGGGUUAGCUAAACCGCGUGGGGCAUUGGAGAUUUGAAAGUGAAGUUUCUUUAUUUCUUUUUCCGUUUUUUCUUUUCUCAGCAAUGAUAACAUAUGAGUUUCAACAGAAAGCUUUCCAGAUUUUCCCCAGGUCUAUACGCUGACUAAAGAGUGCCUUGCAUAGUCAUUGCUGCACUGUAGCUCAAAUGUUUUCAUUUAGAAUAGCUGAUAUGUAUGGUCAUCUGUAGUGAACUUGAAGUGUAUAAGUCACACAUCCACGUUGGCAGCAGUUGACUGGGCUGGAGCAUAUGUUAAGCAGGCAUAUGAUAUUACAAUAUCUCUGUGAUCCUGGGAGAUCCCUUACUGGCCCCCAUCUGACCUAUCUUUCUCAGACAUGUAGCCUACAGAUAGUAAGGUCAAAUGGACUGCACUUCUUCAUCACUUAAUCAUUGUAAGGAUUGGAGAUGAUGAUGAUGAUGAUGAUAUAAUCAAGUUGUGUGAUUUCUGUGGCUUUGUCUUUCCAUUAAAAGUCCUGUACUUGACUUUGACAGAUUACA